AUGUCUCGCUCGCACAUCGCCAACAUGCAUUCCAUCUCCUCCCUACCAUCCGUGACCAAUCAAGAACUCUCUACUCCGCGAUCAGUCCCGUCUCCAGCAUACGGCCUGAACGGAGGGGCCUGUACACCUCCACCUCGAAUGUCAAGUGAUAGGGAUCGAGAGAGACCAAGGGAUUCAGGUGUUCGUGCUAUUGGAGCGUUCUUUUCUACUCCUUAUGAUUCGGAUCUCGAUUCCGAUGACGAAUCUAUCUCCACUACCACCAAUAGCAAUACUACUCGACAGCCUGUUGCUAUCGCCCGAGCUCGGUCCGCUAGAGCGAUCAGCGUCAAUGUGAAUAAGGCUACGGCGAAGGGUUAUAAGGAUGCGUUGGAAGCAAAGAUCAAGAGCCAAGCUGGUGAAUUGGAUCAUUGGGAAGAUGACCAAGAUAAUCAUGAUGGUCGAGAAGAGCUAGAACCCCCUAGAUCACCGAUGAAAAGAAGUGAAGAGAGAGGUAGACAAUCUGAUGAAUCGGGUAGAGUCAGACCUUUAACAGUGGUGGAAUUUCCAGAACCUACACUACAACCUAAUCAAGGUCAUGGUAGAGGAUAUCCCAACUCCAAUGCACCUCCAUCAUACUCUAAUUCGAAUAGUUCAAGUGGAUAUCCACGUACACCACCUCGUUCAAAUCCCAAUCCUACUACCGCCCCAUUACGUCCUGAUCCUCGUAUCGACACUUCCGGGCUAUCACCACCACGUACUAUACUUCUUCCACCUCCUUCCUUUCCAAUUUCACCAUUACUUGCUGCCCCACCCCAGCUCCACUUCUCUCCGCUCUCUCCACCCUCCUCGCCAUUUGCCAGCCCUGGAGGAGGUGGACACGGUCGAGCGGAUAGCGUAUCGAACGGUUCGAUAAGGGGAUUCGACAUCAUGGCGGAGAAGAAAGCCCUAUUUAGAGAAGGUCAAGAAGAACUGUUCACUCCGUUUUCCACCAGACGUUCCAAACCUGGUAGAAUGGGUGUUAAUGGGAAACAAACUAAAUCUGCUUUUUUGGCUAGUGGCAUGGAUUUUUGGAAGAGGUUUAGCGUGCAUGUGAGGUUGGAUGAACAGGAGAAAGCAAGUAAGAAUGAAAACGCCUGGUUAUCGAAAGCACAAGAACGAAGAGGUCGAAUCAAGAAGAUAAUCUGGGUAGUGGUCAUACUUUUGAUCAUCAUAGUAGCCGCUUUGGUAGCUUACUUUGUUACUCGACCUUCACCUCCUCCAGCUUCCAUAGCAACUUCCAUCUGA